AUGUCUAUCUUAAUCCUUGAAACUGUGGAGAAGCAAGCAAAUGCUUCUAAGACGCCUCCCUCCAGCCGCCAACCGCUCCGAACCAUUGCCGUCCUCUACCGUAAAGGCGGCCUCCGUUUUCUCCUUAAUGGCAUCGGUUCCGCCUGUACCUACUGGGCGAUGCACACCUCGGUGGUAAAACUAUUGAGUUUUCUACUUCCUAGUCCGGUCGCGUAUAUUAUUGCAUCAGUCCUGCUAGCGGAGACCCAUUUCCUCUGGACCGCGCGUACCAUCCUUCCGCGCGACCAGGUGCGCCUCGUGCCUAAACCCUGUGACCACCAACGAUGGAAAACCCUAGUGAUUCCCGCUUCAAUCUAUGCCGCGGCCAAUACGGUGAUGACUGUUAGUUUUGGUCCAGGUCAGUCUUUUACCACCCAACUGCGAGACAUUGGUCUUUACGUCGAGACAGCAGCAGCGGGGUAG